CAUGAGGUCAGCAAGAUGGCUACGUCCAUAGCAGAGCAUGGGGGGAAGUGGAUCCUCUCUCAUGGAGUUCAAUAUUCAGUUCCCCGGCUUCUCAGACGCUCAGUAUCCUCUGCCAGGAACGAGGAGAACGCCCAGUGCUACAAUGUGGUGGUGGUUGGUGGAGGACACGCAGGUACUGAGGCUGCUGCAGCAGCGGCACGGACUGGUGCCAAGACACUGCUUAUCACACACAAGGUGGAAACCAUAGGUCAGAUGUCCUGUAAUCCAUCGUUUGGUGGAAUCGGUAAGGGUCACCUAAUGCGUGAAGUGGACGCCCUGGAUGGAGUCUGUGGGAGGAUCUGUGAUAUGUCGGGAAUCCACUACAAGGUCUUAAACCGCUGCAAAGGCCCAGCAGUGUGGGGACUGCGAGCACAGAUCGACAGGAUGAUGUACAAACAGAACAUGCAGAAAGAGAUUCUGAACACUCCUGGCCUCACUGUGGGAGAAGGAUCUGUAGAAGAUUUGAUUUUGGAUCCACCAGAUCCUUCUCAUCCUGGAAAGUGUCAAGUCAGUGGGGUGAUUCUAGCUGAUGGAAGUAAGAUAUUGGCGAACAGCGUAGUGCUGACAAAUGGCACCUUCCUUAGAGGAACAGUUCGGAUUGGCCUGGAACAAAUUCCUGCUGGCCGCUGGGGGGAGGAGCCUGCAGUUGGUCUUGCACAUACUAUGGAACGCCUGGGCUUCACCAUCGGGAGGCUGAAGACUGGAACCCCACCCUCGCAUCUUAAAGGAUUCAGUAGACUUCAGUGUUCUGGAAAGGCACGAUGCAGAUAACCCACCUGUGCCAUUCAGCUUCAUGAAUGACAGAGUCUGGAUCAAGCCUGAAGAUCAAUUUCCAUGUCAUCUGACCUACACAACUCCUGCGGUGGAGCAGAUCAUUCGGGACAACUUACACCUGAACAGUCAUGUCAAGGAGACAAGCAUGGGGCCCAGGUACUGCCCUUCCAUUGAGUCGAAGAUCUUGCGGUUUCCUGGCAGAAGGCAUCAGGUGUGGCUGGAGCCGGAGGGAGCGGAUUCAGAGGUUAUCUACCCUCAGGGGCUGUCUGUGACAAUGCCGGCCGAGGCCCAAGAAAGGCUUCUGAGGGAGAUUCCCGGGCUAGAGAAUGUUCAUAUGCUUCGCCCAGGUUACGGAGUGCAGUAUGACUUCAUGGACCCCAGACAGCUGCGAUCCUCACUGGAGACAUUUCUAGUUCAGGGACUUUUCCUGGCUGGGCAGAUCAACGGCACCACAGGGUAUGAAGAGGCUGCAGCUCAGGGGAUCAUCGCUGGAAUAAACGCCGCUCUCAAGGUGAAAGGUCAGCCGGCGUUCACCGUUAGCCGUACAGAAGGUUACAUUGGUGUUCUCAUCGAUGACCUGACCACGCAAGGAACCCGGGAGCCGUAUCGAAUGUUCACCAGCAGGGCGGAGUUCCGCAUGUCUCUGCGACCAGACAACGCCGACAUGCGUCUUACCCUUCGAGGAUACGAGGAAGCGGGCUGCGUGUCUCAGAAGCGGUACGAACGGACACGAGUGACCAAAGAAAUGCUGGAGGAGGGCCUAGAUACGCUACGUUCUAUAAAAUUUGCAUCCCAGAAAUGGCAGCAUCUUGUCCCAGAGGCGCAAAUCAGCAACAAUCGUGUCAACAUGCUCAGUGCCUUGGAUGUGCUCAGGUACAAUGGAGUGGAAUCUGGUGCUCUCUUCACAGUGUUUCCUGAAUCUCUGAAAAAAUUCAGCGAAAGGCCAGACAUAGCUCAGCGGCUAAAGAUAGAAGCCCUAUAUGAAGUGCACAUCGCUGUCCAGAAGAAGGAUAUCGCCGAAAUUCGGAAAGAUGAGUCUUUGACGUUGCCAGAGGAUUUGGAUUACAUGAGCCUAGAUACUGGCUUGUCUAUUGAAGUUCGAGAGAAACUGACUCAAAGUCGGCCUGAAACGAUCGGAGCAGCUUCUCGCAUUCAAGGAAUGACACCGGCCGCCAUAUUGAAUUUACUUCGUUAUGUCAAAUACAGCAACCGGCGCGUGAAUAAACCAAGGCCGUAUGUGGAAAGAGGACCUGUCGUAGAAACCGACACUCUCCAGCAACACCAAGUAUAG